AUGGCGCUGGUCUACCCCCAGCCUUGUCAGACACCUCUCCGUCCCCAGGCAGCUCCAGUCCUGUGUCCGACACGCUCGCGGCGGCUGCAGAGACGAGGCCUCGCAAGCUCGAGCUUUCUGCGCCUUUGCGCUGCUGUUUGCGGCCUUGUGUCAGCAAGGUCUUUCGCAACGCUGACAGAACCAUCGGAUGCCCCGGACGCGGAGUCGUUGCACCCAACAUCGUGGAGAGCCCAUGGUCGUGUGCUGGAGAUCACCGCGGAAAAGGUCAAGUCAGUUCCGGUGCCAAAUGCCACGGUAGCUGGGAUGAAUCAUCUGAUGAAGCGCGAGGCUGUGACAAUUCUGGCGGCCGGUGCGGAGAAGACCGAAGAAGUUAAAGGCCAGAAAGGGAUGUGGCAUGCCUACAUGAAGCCCACCACCAUGGGUACCUGGAAGAACCAGGCAAGACUAACAUGCAAGCUGACGCUGAAGCCCGGGGCCGUCAAUGUCGAGGUGGUUGACUUUGAGAUUGGCAAGUGGGACAAAGACACACAAGAGUUUAAGUUCCAAAAGUUCGAUGCGAAAUCAUUCAGCCUCAACUGGCAGAACAGUAUGACCUGGAGAGAGAGUGGUACGGACCUGUCUGUGCAGCAUGUUUCUCGUGGCUCAAUGCACUUGGUCAUUCCUUGGUGGUUUCCUCUUCCGGACUCUGUGGUAAAAGCAACAUUUCAGGCUGGGAUUCGGCACAUGAUCACGGAUGGCCAGACAAAGAUUGCAGCUGCUCUGAAAGUGAGGUAUGAUGUCAUGGAGCGGUGA